UGCCAUCUCUAGAAAAACUGCGUUUUUUCCCGUGUUUUCUCGUUUUAAAGGCCCAGAAGUUUUUGCUAAAUGAACAUGUAAAACCAACUCACUUUGUGCGGUGGAUCGGGGACUAAAGAAACGGAGCUGUUCGAGGGCUUUGGAAUUCGAGAAAAGCGGCGGCGUUUUGUGACGUCAAAAGCAGCGACGUCCUUCGCUGGCAGACACACACACACACGCACGCUCACUGACAGACACAAUACCACACUGAGAGAAACAGAAACUCCCACCAAGAGAACCCUCCCCCCCAGCAGCAACAGCAACAAAAUAGAGAGAGGAUUCAUAUUCCUUUGUGGAACCGCGAGUGUGCAUGUGUGUGUGUUCUUCGAGGCAGCCGCACAACUACAACUGCAACUGCACUAGCAACAACAACAAAAACAACAGCAACUGAAACAGCCAUAAAGCAACAAAAAUGGAACAGCCGAGCAUUCUCGUCAAAAUCCUGCACUCGAUUCCGCACGUGAAUUACACAUUCCGUCGGGUUAACGACACCUUCAAUCCGGACAGCGAUGUUUACCUCGAGAGUCUGGGCAUCCUGGCGUCCAUUCCAGCCGGUCUACUGAUCAUCUCGCUGCUCGGCCUGCUGCUCUACCUGUUGACCAGGUGUUGCGAUCGUCGCCUAAGGAAGCCGAGCGCCCAGCGGUGCCAGAGCUGCUCCCUGGUCAUCAUCACGUUGAUGACCUGCGCUGCCAUCGGAUUAGGCUUGUACGGCAACGAUGACUUCCAUAAUGGCCUGUUGCAGGCCUUUGGAUCCGGAAAGAACGUUGAGGGUCUGGUGUUCACCCUGAAACGACAGACGGAGAGCAUCAAGCACGACUUGGAGACGCGGAUGGCCGGACACAAGGUGGAGCAGCUGGUGGAGAAGCCGCAGUACAACCAGACGGUGGUCAUGCUGCUCAUCGAGACUUCGCGCCUGGUCACGGAGAACACCUCGCGGGCAGUGGCCUCGCUGGACAGCAUGGUCCACUACUUCAUGAAGGCCAAGGGCACAGAGAACGAUACCUCGCUGAUGGGAUUGCUGCAGCGCGGCGAGUUCUACGAAUCCAUUCGUUGGCCAGCUACUCUGGCCUUCCUCACGGUGCUCCUACUACUCUGUACGGUUCUGGUGAUUGGCGUGGCCCGGCGAUCCAGGUGCACCUUGAUCUUCUUCAGCGUUUCGGGGCUGUUCUGCAUCAUCAUCUGCUGGCUGCUGGCUGGCGUUUACCUGGCCUCCAGUGUGGCUGCCGGGGAUUUCUGUAUGCGACCGCAUGACUACAUGUGCCGUCAGGUGGGCAUGCGGAGUCCAUAUGUUGACUUCCUGAAUUGCGGCACGCCGCGCAAUCGGUUUAUUCUGCGCCUUAACGAAUCCCGGGAUUUGGUGGAUCGCGCCAGGGAAAGUGUGGAGCAAAUGCAGCGGAUGAGCCAGGACACCUAUCCGCACAUCGACAUCCAGCGCACCCUGAACGCCAUGGACAAUGAUCUGGAGACCACGCUGCGCAACCUGACGACGCUAUCGGCCACUCUGGACCGGCGGGCCAUCGACAUGCACUACGAGGAGGCGCUCCGCGGACUCUGCGGCGGCGGGCUGUUGGGUCUCAGUCUGAUGAUGGUGGCUGGCCUGCUCACCUCCUUCCUGCUGACCAUCCUGGUGUACGCCGACUCGCACGCCUGGAUCUACCUGACCAAACGGCCAAUGCUGGACGCCGACAAAUCGGAGACGGCGCCGCUGUUCCCCGCCUCGAAUGCGCCGAGCGCCAGCAUCUCGCCCACCGCACCACCAAACACUGGGACGAUCAACAGGACGCUGCUGCACCAUCAGCAGGCUGCGGCGGGCGGCAUGGGCGGCGGAUCGGGCAACCUGCCGGGAUCUGGAGGCGGCGGAGGGGCCGGAGGAGGCCACGGAGGCGCCAAUGGACACAACGGCGUCGGACACUAUCGCAAUGGAACUGCCGGCCUGAGACAAGGGUUGGCAUCACCUUCAUCUCAAUCAAGCCACACUUCAUCCACCGCCACUUACAACAACCACAACAACGGCACCACCGAUUACAACAACAGCCACCAACACCACAACAACCUGUACAGCAACCCCCACCACUACAACCACAGCAACAGCCACUACAGCAACAACACACAGCAUAGAACUAACUCCGCGGCGGGGGCGGUGGCAGCGGCGGUGGGCGUGGCCAGCAGCGGUCAGCGAUCGCCGUCGCCGCCGCCCGGCUACGAUUUGGUGCAUGGCACAAGGUCAGGCCACCACACGCUGGGCCGCCUUCCAUCGCACCACCAGCAAUCGGCGACUUAUCUGCCAGGACCCAACAACGGAAAGUACGCGACACUCAGCAAGCAGUGUAAGACGCUCGAGUCGAACGACUUCUACUGAGAUUCGCUUGCCUGCAGCUCCCUUGCAGGCAGUAGCAGCAACACAGCACAGCAGCAGCACUUGCAGCUCCAGCAGCAGCAGCAGCAGAGCAGCCUCAUCAAUCAGAACCAGAGUCAGAGUCAGAGCCAGAGCACGCUGAAGAACAUCUUUGCAUCGGCCACCUUGCCGCGCUCCACGGGCAGUUCCAUCCGCUCGGUGCUCUCUGUCCAGACCUCCAAUGCGGGCAUUUGCCGCUCCACGGGCAACGGACUGGACGGCGACCUGACGGACGAUCGCGAUCCCCGGGAUGUGACCAACAACAGCUUCAAUCGCUUUGAUCCCAAGUACAUAAGCAUUGGUCCCAAGGCGGUCAGGGGUCAGAAUAAUAAUCUCAACAUCAUGUCCGUCGCCGGCACGACCAAUAAGUGUGCCACCUUGCGGCAUGUGGGUCGCUACGGUGGCUCGCUUAAGGGUGUAUCCGCCGUCAAUGCCGCGCCGUCGUCCGCCGCGGCCCCAGCUGUCCAUUCGCCGAACUUGAGGAGCGCCAAAACGCCAUCGAUAGCCACCGUCUCGAAGGAUUACUGCCAGCAGCCGGACUGCAUUCCACAGGAGUUCCUCCUCCAGCAACAGCAGCAGCAGCAACAACAGUUGCAGCAGCAACAACAGCAGCUGCAGCAGCAGCAGCAACAACAACAGCAACUCCACCAGCAGCAGCUGCAACUCCAACAACAACAACAACAGCAGCAGCAACAGCAGCAGAUGGUGCCUCCUGCUCCGCCGCAACCGGCGCCUCCGCCUCCGCCCAAACCAAAGAUAGUCAAUACGUUUACGGAAAUUCCAGGCACCACGGGCGUGGGCAGCUCGUAUGCCAAGGAGCAGCAGCAACAACAGCAGCUGUUGGCCCUGCAGCAGCAGCAGCAACAGCAGUUGCUGGCCCUUCAGCAGCAGAGGGAGCGGGAGCUGCAGCAGCAACAGCAGCAACAGAGGGAGUUGCAUCCACCCACCACCCAUAUACUACCCGCCUCAGCUGUUUACAGCAUCGAGAGCAGUGAGGUGUUGCCCACAGCCGCACCGCGUGUGCAGCAGCGAUCCCUAAAUCCUGCCUCCAUUGUUAACCAGCCACUCCCCGAGAUUCCCACCAAUCAGCAACAGUCGAAGAUCUCCGCUCAGCCGCUUUGCGCCGCCAGUUUGGGGCAGUACCGCUCGCUGCAGCGUCCCCAAACCCAGAAGUUGCAACCGGUGGCCAUUUCCUCGCCGCAACAGCCGCCGACGUUGCCGCCCAAAAACCGACAUAAAAAUAGCAAUCGAGGUGGAACCGUCGACAGCAGCAAUGCCAAUCAUAUGCAGACCUUGCCGCCAAAGUCGGCUAGCCUACGACAACAACAGCAGCAGCAGCAACAACAGCAGCAGGAGCGAGAUAGGGAGCGGGAACGGGAGCGUCCGCGGCGAGCAGAGACCUUGGACAAUGCCCGCAGCUAUAUAGAUCAACAGCAACAGUAUCCCAGCCACCUGAUAACCAGCAGCAACAUAAAGAAGCAACACUCCUACGACAGCAGCUACCAUCAGCAGCAGCAACAGGCCUUCUACCAAAGGCAGCACAACAACAACUUCUCCUCGAAACAGCAGCAACAGUUGCUGCUGGAGCAACAGCAGCAGCAACAACAGGCCUUGUUCUACAGAUCCUUAAAGCGCGGAGAACGAGGGGCAGCUGGCAGCGCUGGAGCCACCGGGGGAGGAGCUGCCAUUACCAACCACAGCGAUCUGUAUUCGGUGACGGAGUUGUAGGAGUGCGCCUGCUGCGGCGGCGGUGUGGAUGUGGUGCGUCGAGGCGCCUCAUCCACAUCGCUGCACGCGGCGGCGGCCACACAAACUCAGAGCCACAACCAAAACCAGACGCAAUCGCAGAAUCAGGCGCCUGUCCCCCUGCCACCCAAGAAGCAUCGCCAGCGGGAGAGGGAGCGAAACCUCGAGCGGGAGCAGCAGGCACCCUGCAAUGCCAAUCUGUGCGAAGAGCACGAGUACGAUGAGUACUAUCCGCAGGCCUUCGAAAUGCAGGCGGGAGGAGGCGUAACCGGAGGAGGAGCAACUACUAGCUCUGGAUCGAAGCAUGGCAAGCAAAGUCAGCAAAGAGCAGCCACUUUUGAUGUCGCCGAUGCCAGGGAUUACGAACUGAAGCGUUUAGGCAACCGGAGGUCGCAGCAGCAGGCGGCUCCAAGCAAAAGAAAUGGAGGAGGUGGAGGGGCAGCAGCAGGACCUGUCAGCCAGGAUCACCACCGCAGCCACGAUCGCGAGCGGUCGCGUAGCGAUCACCGCAUUGCCAGCUACGCCUGCGAGGAGGUAAACUCCACGGCGCUCUGCAGUGCCGGCUCCAUGAGUUCCAUGCUUCAGCCGGCCAAUGGAACCGGCCACAGGAGCAGCAGCCACCAGCGGGAUCACCAUCAGCGGGAUCAGCAGCAACAACAGCAACAGCAGCAACAGCGGGAGCGCCGUGAGAAGACCUUUAAGGUAUGAUUUUUAGAGACGUCAUAAGAAUUGUCCAAUCCGCGCCAGGACAGCAGAAACGGCAGCUCCAGGCGGCGGACGCGUUGAGGGGUAAAUGGAAAGCGAACGUGGCGGAUUCUACAGCGAUUACAAGGAGGUGAACCCCCAGGAAUUGAGGAAUUAUCUAGGAGAAGUGAGCAAAGGAGCGGCACUAUCGUGUUGGAGCAUAGGAAUUCGGAGACCCCAGCCUGUUUUUAUGUUUAGCUUAAGUCGCGUGUACUCUAUCUCUAUCUCUAUCUCUGUCCCUGUCCCUGUCUAGAAGCGACCUGUCUCUUUUACACGCGUGCGGACACGCACACCAGCAAAGAAACGAACACACACACACGUGUAUAUAUUUACGAAUAUAUAUAUAUACAUAUAUUGUAAAAACCGACCUCUUCUGAUUGAUUCAAACUGCGAAAGCUGCUUAAAAGGUGCUGAAAUAUCCAGGGUAGCGGUCAAAAUAAUGAUACCUUGUAGAUCCCAAACCUUUUUUGUUUGGUAGGAAAAUAUGCAAUAUCGAGACAUUUAGCAUUAUUUUUAUGCCAUUUAUCACAAGCAAUAUUUAAAAUCCCGUUUUUAAUGAUUUUUUUUUUUAGAUAUUUUAAAUAUAUUUUAUAGAUUUUAACUUCCAUGGUGCAAUUAUUUUGACCGCUGCUGUGCAUAUCAGCCGUAUACAUCAAACCCACAACAGUUCUCUGCUCUGUGUUGUUGCCUAUUGUUAUAUAUAUAGUAGAUAACUGCGGUUAACCAUAACGAAUACUUUUUUGUGACCACUAUUCAUACGUGUAUAUUUUAAAAGCCUAAGUUAAGUGAAAUUUAGUUCUAAGCGCAAAGCUAUUUAUUUACGAAAGAUUGUAAGCCUCGAACCCAAAAAAUAUGACCUAAAACGGGGGAAAAGCGAAGAGACAGUUGGCGAACGAUCACUAGGAGCCCUUGAACGAAAGCAGUUUCAGUUUCAAUAUUCCUGAGGAUCGAAUUUCGACUUUGUGUCUCGCUUUUUCGUUGUCAACGGAAAUUUUAAUUUUCAGAAGUGUGUGUGUUUUUGUUUAUUUAUUAAGAGUUUUUUUUUGCAAAAGCGAUUUACGCCGUUUUUUUUUUGUUUGAGAAUCCGUUGCGAGAACCAACAACAACAACCACAGCGACACGUACGUAAAAUUUUUGUGACGUCAGAAAUCUAAAGGAAAAACAAACAAACUAAGAAAAACCAGCACCAACAACAACAAAGCACAAGACAACAAAACACAAGAAACAACUUAAGCGAAAAACAUUUCACAAAACAAAACAUGAUAUAAAUUUAAAGUUCAACAUUUUAAACAAGAAAAUGAGAAAUUCUUAACUCAAGCAAUAUGAAAAAGGAAAGAUUAAAUCGAAAUCGAAAAGAAGCCAUACCAAGUUGUUCAACUAUUUUAAAAAAGAAUUCAGCAAAGCAAAAUGAUAAACAAGGAAACAUAUAUACAUAUACAUAAACAUACAUUAAAUACAUACAUACUUAUUAUAGAGCAAGCAUAAGGAAUAUUAAUUAAUCGACAACAACCACAAACAAUGUUCAGGUCAAUAACUGCAUUUAAAAGGAGACAAAAAUGAUGGAACCCUCGUUAGGCGUUAAAUUAAACGAAAUGCUCUUUUUAUAUACAAGUAAUAUAUACAUGAAUAUAUAUAAAUAUACAUAUUUAACGAAUUGCAAUUACCCAAAACACAGAAAGCAGACAAACCAUCAAACACAAAAUAAAAGAACAACUCACAAAAGUUGUUGGCACAGAGGCAAACACACACAAACACAUUUUAUAAAAAUUAACAUAAUUAUACUACACAAAAUACAAGACACACAACAAGCGUACAUGGAACCAGUUGUGGGCAAAAUAAUUGUAGUGCCAUUAGAAAUUCGAAAAAUUUAAUAAAAUGUAAAUUAUGUAAUUUAUAAUUUUAUUUAUGUUUUGCAAAUGAAUUUGAGGGUUAUGGUUUAGAUAUUAUAGCACUAUAUUUUAUUUUGUUUAUAUAUUGAAAAAACCCAUUCAAACGGCCCAAUUUUAGAUGACCUAAUAGAUAAAUAGUUUUAUCAAACCUAACUCGCAUCCUGUUGCACUAAGGCCACACUAUUAUUUUGACCACAGCUGGGCACACAAGCAUUGAAAUUGAAAACUGCAAGUGAGGGAAAUAAAGCAAGCUACAAGUAA